AGUUCGCUCCUCGCCUGGGCUCAGACACACAGCCAGCCCGGAGCCGCCGCGCGGGCCGGGCCGCCGCCGCCUCUGCCUCUGCCGCCCCCAGAGCCGCUCGAGCCGCUGGAAGCGCCGCCGCCACAGCCGCGGGCCGCCCCCGCCGCGCCGGCCUGGGCUCGGGCUGCGAGCGCCGCCGCAACCGCAACCAGAGCCGGCGCGGGAGCCCGAGAGCGCUGGGCUGGGCUGGGCUGGGUUGGGGCGGGCGCAGGGCGCAGGGGCGGGAGCGCGGGGGAAGACGCACGGGCGGGCUCGGCUCUCCCGGGGAGCGGCCCGGGACUGCACCGGGACCGGCGCCUCCCCGCUCCGCGCUGCCCUCGGCCUCGCCCCGGGCCCGGGCGGAUGAGCCGCGCGCCCGGGGGACAUGGAAGCGCUGACGCUGUGGCUUCUUCCCUGGAUAUGCCAGUGCGUUACGGUGCGGGCCGACUCCAUCAUCCACAUCGGUGCCAUCUUCGAGGAGAACGCAGCCAAGGACGACAGGGUGUUCCAGUUGGCUGUAUCAGACCUGAGCCUCAAUGAUGACAUCCUGCAGAGUGAGAAGAUCACCUACUCCAUCAAGGUCAUCGAGGCCAAUAAUCCGUUCCAGGCGGUGCAGGAAGCCUGUGACCUCAUGACCCAGGGAAUUUUGGCCUUGGUCACAUCCACGGGCUGUGCAUCUGCCAACGCCCUGCAGUCCCUCACAGACGCCAUGCACAUCCCACACCUCUUUGUCCAGCGCAACCCCGGGGGUUCACCACGUACUGCCUGCCACCUGAACCCUAGCCCUGACGGCGAGGCCUACACACUGGCUUCGAGACCACCUGUCCGUCUCAAUGAUGUCAUGCUCAGGCUGGUGACAGAACUGCGCUGGCAGAAGUUCGUCAUGUUCUAUGACAGCGAGUAUGAUAUCCGUGGGCUCCAAAGCUUUCUGGAUCAGGCCUCACGGCUGGGUCUGGACGUCUCUUUACAAAAGGUGGACAAGAACAUUAGUCACGUGUUCACCAGCCUCUUCACCACCAUGAAGACCGAGGAGCUGAAUCGCUACCGGGACACGCUGCGCCGUGCCAUUCUACUCCUUAGCCCACAGGGGGCACACUCCUUCAUCAAUGAGGCUGUGGAGACCAACUUGGCUUCCAAGGACAGCCACUGGGUCUUUGUGAAUGAGGAAAUCAGUGACCCCGAGAUCCUGGAUCUGGUCCACAGUGCCCUUGGCAGGAUGACCGUGGUCCGGCAAAUCUUCCCAUCUGCAAAGGAUAACCAGAAAUGCAUGAGGAAUAACCACCGCAUCUCCUCCCUGCUCUGUGAUCCACAGGAAGGCUACCUCCAAAUGCUGCAGAUCUCCAAUCUCUACCUAUAUGACAGUGUUCUGAUGCUGGCCAACGCCUUCCACAGGAAGCUGGAGGACCGGAAGUGGCAUAGUAUGGCAAGCCUUAACUGCAUACGGAAGUCUACCAAGCCAUGGAAUGGAGGGAGAUCCAUGCUAGACACGAUUAAAAAGGGACACAUCACUGGCCUCACAGGAGUUAUGGAGUUUCGGGAAGACAGCUCAAAUCCCUACGUCCAGUUUGAAAUCCUUGGCACAACCUAUAGUGAGACUUUUGGCAAAGACAUGCGCAAGCUGGCGACCUGGGACUCAGAGAAGGGCUUGAAUGGCAGUCUACAGGAGAGGCCCAUGGGCAGCCGCCUCCAAGGACUGACUCUCAAAGUGGUGACUGUCUUGGAAGAGCCUUUUGUGAUGGUGGCUGAGAAUAUCCUUGGACAGCCCAAGCGUUACAAAGGAUUCUCCAUAGAUGUGCUAGAUGCACUGGCUAAGGCUCUAGGAUUCAAAUAUGAAAUAUACCAGGCCCCUGAUGGCAGGUAUGGUCACCAGCUCCAUAACACCUCCUGGAAUGGGAUGAUCGGGGAGCUCAUUAGCAAGAGAGCAGACUUGGCCAUCUCUGCUAUUACCAUCACCCCAGAGAGAGAGAGUGUUGUGGACUUCAGCAAGCGAUACAUGGACUACUCAGUAGGGAUCCUCAUCAAGAAGCCUGAGGAGAAGAUCAGCAUCUUUUCGCUUUUUGCCCCGUUUGACUUUGCGGUGUGGGCCUGCAUUGCCGCAGCCAUUCCUGUAGUGGGUGUGCUUAUAUUCGUGUUGAAUCGGAUACAAGCUGUAAGGUCUCAGAGUGCCACCCAGCCACGACCCUCAGCUUCUGCCACCCUGCACAGUGCCAUCUGGAUUGUCUAUGGAGCCUUUGUUCAGCAAGGUGGUGAGUCUUCGGUGAACUCUGUGGCCAUGCGCAUCGUGAUGGGCAGCUGGUGGCUCUUCACGCUCAUUGUAUGUUCCUCCUACACAGCCAACCUUGCUGCUUUCCUCACAGUGUCCAGGAUGGACAACCCCAUAAGGACAUUUCAGGACCUGUCCAAGCAACUGGAGAUGUCUUAUGGCACUGUCCGGGACUCUGCUGUCUACGAGUACUUCAGAGCCAAGGGAACCAAUCCCCUGGAGCAGGAUAGCACUUUUGCUGAGCUUUGGCGGACUAUAAGCAAGAAUGGAGGGGCUGACAACUGUGUGUCCAACCCUUCAGAAGGUAUCAGGAAGGCAAAGAAGGGGAACUACGCCUUUCUAUGGGAUGUGGCCGUGGUGGAAUAUGCAGCCCUGACAGAUGACGACUGCUCAGUGACUGUCAUCGGCAACAGCAUCAGCAGCAAGGGCUACGGGAUUGCCCUGCAACAUGGCAGCCCCUACAGGGACCUCUUCUCCCAGAGGAUCCUGGAGCUGCAAGACACAGGGGACCUGGAUGUGCUCAAGCAGAAGUGGUGGCCACACACAGGCCGCUGUGACCUCACCAGCCAUUCUAGUACCCAGACUGAUGGCAAAUCCCUUAAGCUGCACAGCUUUGCUGGGGUCUUCUGCAUUUUGGCCAUUGGCCUCCUUCUCGCCUGCCUUGUGGCUGCUCUAGAGUUAUGGUGGAACAGCAACCGGUGCCACCAGGAGACCCCCAAAGAGGACAAAGAAGUGAAUCUGGAACAGGUGCACCGGCGUAUCAACAGCCUCAUGGAUGAAGACAUUGCUCACAAGCAAAUUUCCCCAGCGUCCAUUGAGCUUUCUGCCCUGGAGAUGGGGGGUCUGGCUCCAAGCCAAGCUUUGGAGCCCACGAGGGAGUACCAGAACACCCAGCUCUCAGUCAGCACCUUUCUGCCUGAGCAAAGCAGCCAUGGCACCAGCCGGACACUGUCGUCAGGGCCCAGCAGCAACCUGCCACUGCCGCUGAGCAGCUCAGCCACUAUGCCCUCAAUUCAGUGCAAACACAGGUCGCCCAAUGGGGGACUGUUUCGACAGAGCCCGGUGAAGACCCCCAUCCCUAUGUCCUUCCAGCCCGUGCCUGGAGGCGUCCUUCCAGAGGCUCUGGACACCUCUCAUGGCACCUCCAUCUGACCGAGUCGCCUGCCCUCCUGCCCGCCCACCCACCCACCCGACCAGCAGAGCUUUUUAAUACAAGAAAGUGACAACACAGACCACACACACACACACACACACACACACACACACACACACACAGACAGACUCUUUCAUUUUUCUUGUACAUAACGUGUAAAUAAUGACAGAAUGGAGUGGGGUAAAAGUGUAUUUUGAAUAUUCCCAAUUUUCGAAGUCAGUAAAAAAAAAACAAAACAACAAAAACUGUAUGAAUGACUUUGUAAAUUUUGUUCUAUAUGAAUAAAAAGGCAAAUUACUUGUGAUCAUUCUGAAGUGCCAAAGGAGCCCCCUGUUCCUGGGCCUUUCUGAGGGCAGGAAGAACCGUCAGAGAAGAAGCUUCUGGCUGCUGGGGAGAAGGAAGACAUGGAAGAGCCCCGAAUGCUGCUUGCUGCUGUACCCACAGCUUUCCCUUGUGUCCUUUGCUUACAAGCCCUUCAUUCCUCCUUCAGUGUCCUUGGUUAGAUUCAGAAUGUGUCUGAGUCUGGAGCCCAUGUUGGGUGGGCCCAUCUGUUCCCUGAGCUGUAGGGCAACCUGCCCAUGACAUGGCCCUAGACAAUCAGGCUCAAGAUGGUAAGGUCACUGUGUGUCACAGUGUGUAGCAUGCAAUUGUCCCCAGGGCCUCAGAAAAGAUGCCCAUAUUGAGGUCACAAUCUCUGAGGCUUUGAUACCAAUGUGUUUGAACAGCAUAUUGUUGGUCUUUUUUUUAAAAAACAAACAAACAAACAAACAAAAACUCUUUUUCUACUCAGAAGAAUCAAUUAGUAAGAAACAAUAGGAAAGGAGGGCAGACCCCACCUAGGUAGAGGUAUGUCUGGCCUGGGUGGGACAUCUUUGGUGAGAGGUUGAGGGAUGGAGGGAUGUGAAACCAGGUAAAGACUGUUUGGUUGGAUUAGGAUCCACAGCUCUGAGCAAGAGAAAGUGUGGCUGCAGACACAGAGAGUAGAAACAUCAUGGUCACAGGUAAAGGUUUCCAUAGAAAGGAGUUGGUGGAAGUGUCUCCAGAUAAUGGGCAGACUGAGGAUAAACAAGAGAGACCACAUAGAGAAGAAGCUUGACAUUUUCAAGAAGCAUAGCUGUGCGAUGUUUGAAACAAAAAACUCCUCUGCCCUAAUGAAGCAAUCUGGAGUCCUUAAAGACAUGCCUUUAGCUCUUUAUGAUGUUAGCUAAACAGGACCAGAUCUCAGCACAAGCCCCUUCUUCAGACUUUACUGCCUUUUCUCCAUCAGUAGGUUAAAGGAACCCCCACAUCAGGGAUCCUUCAAGCUAGGGGCAUCUGACAUCCUCUGAGAUGGUGAAUUUGCUGGGAAGUCCUAGUUCAUAAAACAAGACUAACCUAAGGAUCUCGUCUCUCUCAAUUGCCCUUUGUGGGGUAACCAAACUGUAGAACUGGAAAUGAUCCAUCAAGAGGAACCUGAGCUCAGCCACUAAAAUUCCCUUCCUCCCCUUUUGAAGACCAAAGUAUCUCUAAUCCCCUACCUUGCUGGGAUAUAGAACAUGACCCCAUCCAGCUUCCAGGGUAUAGGACUAACUCCCAACCACAAAUCAAGGUGUCAAGAUCUUGGAGAAAUAUGAAGUCCUAUUAGUUGCUGCUUCUAUCUGUACUCAUGAAGAACUAGUUGAGAGAGAUACACCCAUGAGGGUGAUAACUGGCCCAAGAUGAGUUUACUUCCCCAAAUCCAUAAUGAUGUUAGAGAAGAUGAAAGAGUGACUAAAUCACACAGCUAAAAGCACCAGAUGAAGAGAGUGUUUAUAGGUAUGUUAUCUUUGGCUACUGGGAUGCCAUGAUGCUAGUAUUACUAAAAAGAUCUGUUCACAUUUCUCCAGUCAGUGUGUAGAGCUUGGAGGCAGGUGUCCGUGGCAAAGCCUUCAUGGGCUCCUAUCACCCUAAUGAUGUAUAGGCUUUGCUUUCAUUUCAUCAACACAUUGGGCAUCUUGCACUGGAGGAUUAAUUUUCAUACAUAUAAUCUCCAUUUUAAAAAUCAAACUCUGGUUUCACUGCCUUAUUUUACACCUGUCUGUAUCCCAAAGAUGACCUGGUUUUUUUGGUAUAUCAUGGAUAUGGAUGUUUUUGGUUAGGAGUAAGAGACUCUGUGUGUGUGUUUGUGUGUGUCUGUGUGUGUGUGUGUGUGUGUGUGUGUGUGUGUGAGAGAGAGAGAGAGAGAGAGAGAGAGAGAGAGAGAAUCUUUACAGGAAAAGUGUUAUGCUUCUGGACAUUCGUAACACCUCCCAGUAUUUAGUCACCAUAUUUAUGUCUUUUUUUUUCUCUAUCCUUGGUAUGAGGGGAAAUGAUUGAUAUUCAAGCAAGUUCUCUAGGGGGAGACAACAACCAUGGCCAGAUUCUUCCCAACUCAGAUAUCUGUGUCAGCUCAGAAUGUAUCUUUUUCAUGCUUUGCUCUGUGGAUUUAUAACUGUUUAGACUCUUCCAUACAUUUUAGGUAUAUUUUGUGCCUUCAGACACUGCAAAUAAUAAUCAGCAUUUGGAUUAAAGUUGUUUAAUAAUAAAAUGUGUCUACUC